CGCUCUCCGCUCCUGCGGCGCGGUGUGUGUGGGAGGGGGCCCGACUGCAUCACCCAGUGCAGCCCCGUUCCCCACUUUGCCCCAGUCUCCUGCCGGGGCGGGUUUCCUGCCCACGUCCCGGGCCUUGCCUGGGCUCGGCCUCUCCCGCCGGUCGGGAGCAGGGACGGCGAGUUCCUGCCGCACUGGGGCCACCUCUAGCGCAGGAGGCCGGCGGCGGCCGGUCCGCAGCCAAGGCGGGGUCAGGCCAGGGUGCAGGCGCUCCAGAGCCGGCAUCAAACCUGGCGGCGCUUUCUUCUUCCGCGCCCCGUCCCCUCCUCCCGCGGCCUGUGCCCGGGGAGCCGCCGCAGGGGGAUAUCACAGACUUUUGCUUCCCAAAGCAUUGUUGAGAGGAUAGGAGAGCAGCCUGAGUUUCUGGUUUUGUUCACUAUGAAGACCUCAGUGCCAGCUGUGGCACUGUGGGGGAAAAAAGCACCCUCUCACAGCAUCACUGCCAUAAUGAUUACAGAUGACCAGAAGACUGUUGUUACAGGAAGUCAAGAGGGGCAAAUAUGUCUUUGGAAUCUCUCAUCGGAAUUAAAGAUUUCAUCUAAAGAAAUUCUCUUUGGUCAUACUGCUUCAGUAACAUGCUUGGCGAAAGCAAGAGACUUUGAGAAACAACCAUAUGUGGUUAGUGCUACUGAAAAUGGGGAGAUGUGUGUUUGGAAUGUCACUAGUGGACAGUGCAUUGACAGUGCAAACCUUCCUUAUAGGCAUACAGCAAUCUGUUAUUACCGUUGCUCCUUCCGAAUGACAGGAGAUGGCUGGCUUCUGUGUUGUGGACAAUAUCAAGAUGUCGUCAUUAUUGAUGCUAAGACUUUGGCAGUUCUUCACACUUUAAUAUCUUUUCAGUCUUCUGACUGGAUCAGUUGCAUGUGCAUUGUUCACUCCACAAGGAUUCAAGAAGAUUCACUAGUAGCAGUAUCUGUAACUGGAGAUCUUAAAGUAUGGGAUCUAUCCUCAUCAGUGACCAGUAUACAGGAGAGGCAAAGUGUGUAUGAACAAGAAUCCAAGUCUCUGGACUGUACAAACUGCCAAGCAAUAAGAUUUUGCACAUACACAGAAAGACUCCUCUUAGUCGUGCUUGCAAACUGUUGGAAGGUCUAUGAUUAUUGUGAUUUUUCCUUGCUGUGCACUGAAUUCAACAAAAGUGGUCAGUGCUUUGCUGGUGGUGAAGUGCUAGCUGCUCAGAGACUCAUCAUCUGGAUGGAAGAUGGUCACAGUUACAUCUACCAGCUGCUGAACAGUGGACAUUCUAAAAGCAUAUAUCCUGCUGAUGGAAAAGUGCUCAAAGAAACUGUUUAUCCUCAUUUACUCUGCUCCACUUAUGUGAAAGAAAAUAAGAGUUUUCCUUUUGUUAUGGGCUUUAUGAAUGAAAGAAAGGAACCUUUCUAUAAGAUCCUUUUUUCUGGAGAAGCAUCUGGAAGAAUCACCUUGUGGCAUAUUCCUGAUGUCCCAGUGUCGACGCUUGAUGGUUCUCCAAAAGAGAUCCCAAUAGCAGAAACUUGGACUCUGCAGGAUGAUUUUGACAAACAUUGUGCUAUGUCGGAAGGCAUUAUUGAUCAUCUUUUUGCAUCUAAAGAUGGUACCGAAAGUGCAGCAGUCACUUCAUCCGUAUAUGUGCCCAACCUUGAUAAGCUGGUGUGUGGGUGUGAAGAUGGGAAAAUUUUCAUAACACUUGCUUUGCAUGCUGCCAAAGCAAGAAUUUUAGAAGACAUUUCUUUGCUGAAACAUACUUUGCCUUCCAAAGUUCUUAAGGGCCACCGCAGCAGUGUUACUUGUUUACUUUAUCCACACAGUGAAUCAGUCAGGUUUGAUCCAAGCUGGCUGGUGUCAGGUGGCCAGGAUUCUUGUGUGAUCUGGUGGGAUAUAUUUAAGGAGGAAAUUUUGCAUCAAUUCACUCUGCAAGCUGGUCCAGUAAUGAACCUGUUGUUAUCACCAGAGAACUACAGACUAAACGGGCACAGGAUUGUGUGCUGUAUAUGCAGUGAUCAUUCAGUCGCACUUCUACACCUUCAGGAGAGAGUAUGUCUCUUACAUGCCAGGAAGCAUUUGUUUCCUGUGAAGAUGAUAAAAUGGCACCUUGCUGAAAAUCUGCUAAUUGUUGGAUGCGAAGAUGAUUCAGUUUAUGUUUGGGAAAUUGAAACAGGGACUCUAGAACGACAUGAAACAGAUGAAAUGGCAAAAGCAAUUCUUACUUCCUGUGAAGAUUCAGAGUAUUUAGUGACUGAUUCUAUACUUCCAGUCUCUCAAGAUACACAAAAGCAUAAAAAUGCAGGAUACAAAUCCUCCAGCACUUACAAACGUGGCACAGUGUCCCACAAUCUUACCCACACAGAAAAAUCUUCAGCAAAGCAAACUGGUACCAGCCAUGUCCAACGGCCUUUUACUAUCUUACCAGUAAAGACAAAAUGGAACAACAUAAGCUUUCAUGUUCUCUUAUUUGAUCUGGAAAAUCUUGUAGAACUUUUACUGUCAUCUCAACUCAGUGGACUGAAAUCAUCAAAUUCAUUCCACAGUUAUGACAUUUUAAAAAGAGCCAAAAGCACAGCAGAGAAAAGGACACUACUGUUGAAAAGAAAUAAAACUGCUGGCUCUCUCUUCCCAAUGGAUGGGCAAGUAAAAAAUGCUUGUGAAAAAAAGGUCCAUAGGGAUAAUAAUGCAGCGAGGUCUUUGGAAGAAAUUGGUGGCAUCAAAAGACAUAAAAAAAUGAAGAGUUCAAAAAAGAUUAGACUGCAGCCAUCAGGAAAAAUCGAUGCUAACGUCACCACAGACACAGUUAAACUGCUUUUGUCAUGUCUCUUACCAUGGGGUGUGGAUAAAGAAUUAGACAAUCACUGUGUUAGAUAUUUAGAUCUCUUCAGACUUCAAUGUCCAGUUUCUUUUGGACUAGUAUCAAAUGGAAAUCACAUAUCACUAAUGCUGCCAGGAUGGAAUUGUAAUCACUGUGGUGUGGUGGAAGAACAUAGGCCAAUUAACUUGUUUUCCAGAAAAGUGCUAGAUUUGUCAGACAAGUACAUCACUGCAGGCCAAGGACAAAUUGGAAAGAAAUAUGGACUAGACCAUAAUGCUGAUGGCAUACAAGGAUCACAAAUUGUAUUCUACUUAUUGAGCAGAAUAUCUUUAGUCAACAGGAUAGUUACUUUGCCUUUGGAAUUCACCAACACAAUUGACAGUCCACAGAAAUUAGAAUCUGUACGUAACAAGGGGAGAAGUUCAGAAACAUUCAGCCCUUCAUUUUCCAUUUUUUAUGGAGAGUUACUAAACUAUAAAAAUGGAUUCCAUUUCCUUGAUUCUGGGAAUGUUUCACUGGUGAAACUCAUUUCAUGUUGGAGAGACCAAUCCGUAAAGAUUAUUGAGGUGAUACAAGCAGCGCUACUGGCAGAAGUACAAAGGAGUAUGAAAACCUUGAAAAAGACAUCAAUGAGCAAUCAACCAGUGACCAUGGUAGACAAUGGAAAUGGUGAGGUGCAGACACUGGCAAAAAAUGAGCAGACAGAGCAGAUGGCAAAAUGCAUUAAAAACAUUCCCUUACCGACUGCAGUCAGUGUGAGCAAGCAUGACAGCUGCUCAAACUCAGCAAACUUCCAAGGAGUUGAGUAUAUGCCUGACCGAUGUGUCUUGGAAGAGUCUGAGAGUCCAGAUGAGAUGAAACAGCAUCCUUGGAUGUCCAAGGUGUGUUCCUGCAAGGUGUGUUAGAUAAGCCUGUUUCUUCAAUGAAACUAGAAGGUGGUCAAGUACAGCAGAGGAACUGAAAAUACAGGACUCUUUCAUAGGACAAUGAUUUUCUUUAAUGUGUUUUGAUAAAUAACAUAAACUGAAUAUUUCUUGUAUCACUAUACCUUUCACAAUUAAUUUUCAAAAAUAUCUUUCAUAUCAUCUACUUUUCUUCUUAGUUAUUGGUUCCAUGUUUAAUGACAGCCCUUCAGUAGAGUCACAUUGAUUGAAUAUAAUCUAGAUUUUUGUUAACAUAUGCAACAUUAAAUGAUUCCUUGUUCUUGAGAUGUUUUUCCACUAACAGAAGGAAUCUCAAGACAGAGAUAUUUUGUCAUUAUUAUUAAAAUUUACUUUAGAAGUAUUAUGGUAACUCUAUCUGGUAAAUAUUACAUUUGACAUAAAUUUGAAGAUUUAAAUUAAUGUUAAAUGUUCUGUCUUGUAACUAAACUACAUUUAUUACUGAUAACAUUUCAACAUGGGGAAGACCAAAUAUAUUUUAAAACAACUUGUGCAUCAAUGUUUGCGUGAAUGUAAAGAAAAAAAUUAAGCAUUUAA